AGACACACCACUCGGUGCACAAGUGCAGGACUCGCACCGCAGUGUGCAAUUGACCCAACCGCCAUGAAGCCCAUCUAUCUCGGAUCGCUUCUCGCUCUUCUUGCCGUGUCGGUCGACGCGCAUGGCCGGAUGAUUGCACCGCCGGCGCGCGGGUUCAUGGGCCGCCUUGACCAAUUCAACUUUGCGCCAAUCGACUACGACGACGACGGUCUCAGCGCCGGUGGCAUUGGCGCGACCAGUGGCGGUCGCCAUGGCGUCUGCGGCGAUCCGUACUCGCAGGCGUCGCCCCGGGACCACGAAACCGGCGGCAAGUACGGUCUCUUUCCCACGUACCGAGAGCGCGCCAUUACGUCGUGCUACGCGCCGGGGGCCGUCGUCGACAUUGACAUCCAAAUCACUGCCAAUCACCGCGGCAGCUUCACCUUUGGUCUCUGUAAGCUGCUCGGGAAGAAUGACAAGGAGACCGAGGACUGCUUCACCGAUCUUUUGCAGCCAAAUGGCAACAAGCAGUGGCCGCUGCCCGGUGGUAACAAGAACUUUCGACUCCAGUACGUGCUCCCGUCGGGUGUCACGUGCGACGGUGAUGCCCACUGCGUCCUGCGGUGGUGGUACACGGGUGGCAACAACGCCGGCGUCGGGCCCGACGGCCAAGAAAAGUUCUGGAACUGCGCCGACAUCUACAUCAGCAACGCCUGCAACGGCACCAACCCGUUCCCGACGCCUGUCCCAACGCAUCAGCCGUCGCCAGACGAUGGGUCCGGGGGCUACUACCCGCCGACGCCCACCACAAAGGUGCCGACACCAACGCUCGUGCCGACAGUGACGCCACGCCCGACAGCAACCGCUGCACCCACCACAAGUGCGUCACCGCCUACAGGCGCACCAGGCGACAAGUGCAAUGGACAGAAAAACGUGUGUUAUUGGCCGACGUCGCAUCAAAUCGUACCCUACAGCAAAGCAGACUGCGUGCUUUUUAGCUCGUUUGUGUGGUGCCCGUAG